UUCCGGGUAAGGAGAACAGUUUACUUUCAAAGUAAAUACAGCUCCACUGUCCAAUUAAAAACACCUCUCAUCGAGAAAUUAGAACAUUUAUUAUCAAUCCGACUGUUCGGGAUAAUUUAAAACGCCUCAAGAGUUGCUAUUUUUAAUAUCGAGUUCGCGAGAAUUUAAUUGAUAUCAACCCAACGCGGUUUUAAGACUGGUAGCUUGGGCCCCGCCGUCGACAUACUGGCUCCCAUGUUCGUCACACAUUGGGAUUUGUACUUCAAGGACGAAAACAAAUGCGGAAGCCACGGCGAAAGGCAUAAGUUUCAACAGCUGAGUUCGAUUUCAAUGUCAAAAGAACCCUUGACAGCACACACAUACGCCUAAUGCAAAUCUUGUCAGAGCCUUAGAGAAGUUUACCGAACGAACAUUAUCAGUUGAUUCAAGUCAGUGUUCUGCUAGUAUCGCGCCGAGGUCUUCUCCUGCUCAGUGAUCUGAAAACCUUCCCGAUUUGUUCGUUCAUUUUCCCUACUGAAGUAAGAGGAAAGUUAUGUCCAACAACACCAGCUCUUGUGAAGAUUCCGCCUUUCCUUCAGCAGCAGCCGCCGAGAUCGUUAAAACAGCUGCUUACCUUCUCAUUUGUGUGAUAUCAACAGUAGGAAACCUGCUCGUUAUCAUAAUCGUGCUUAAAGACCGCCGCUUACGAUCAGUUACCAUCAAUCAAUUCAUCGUCUCCAUGGCAAUUGCUGAUUUGCUAACUUCUCUAUUUAACAUGACGGUCGAAAUUUGGAUUCACAUCAAAAAGGCUGCUGGCCAACAGAUUUUCUGGUUUGAAGGAGCCGGUGGCGUUGUCCUGUGCAAAGGUAUUGUUGUUGUUCAGGGCUUAUCCAUAGCCUGCUCCGUCUUAACUCUCAUCGCUAUAGCCGUUAAUCGCUUCUUUGCAGUGUUUUACCCACUUAAAAUGGGCUCUACCAAGUCACUGUCGAUCUUUACCAUUACUUUCAUUUGGCUAGUCUCCUUCGCCACCUCUUCGCCAAUGCUGUACGCCAUGAAAGUCAUCCAAAGAGAAGACGGCAAUCUGCACUGCAUCGAACAGUGGUCUCCAGCGUUUGAAGGUGAGUCACCUCACAAAAACUACACCCUAUUUCUAAUCACGCUGCUGUACGCUUUGCCUCUGGCUGCAAUCAGUGUAUUAUAUACGGCUAUUGUACGGAAAGUAUGGAAAAGGCAGGUUCCGGGGAACUUGACCGCUCCAAACCAACUGGUCGAGCUUGCAACCAAAAAGCGCGUUCUCAGAAUGCUAAUUACCGUUGUGAUCGUCUUUGGGCUUUGCUGGCUGCCAUACUACACGUACUUGUCCAUGAAUUUCAUUGUCGAUAGUUGCCCGCCUGCAAACGUGAUGUUCAUUGGUCUGUUUCUUGGUCAUGCCAAUUCCGCUAUCAAUCCAUGUAUUUAUGCAAUAUUCAACAAAGAAUGCCGCAGCAGCCUUAGAAGUUUCAAUCGUGCAUGCCUGCCUAUGUUGCCUAGGAGUCGCGUGCCAAGGACGUCCAAUCAGAACACGAUGAAACUGACUGAGUUUGGCACCGAGGGUACAACUCGAGAACAAGGAAAAAGAUCCUCUCCUCUCUAAAAGAUGAAAGGGGUAACUAGACCACAGUUAGGGACGUUUGUAAAAGUUACUUAACUGGUAUACGUUUGACAUGUGGCUGAUAAACCUAAAGGUGCUAUGGGUGUCAGACAAUGUUUAAGCAGGGUUUCGGCUCUCGAUCACCUGCGUUACCUGAAACAUCUUUUCCACGAGGAAAAGAGGAAAAUUUCUGGAGCUUAUGGCAACUUGAGUGAGUAUUUUGUCAUCAUUUUGUCAUCAUUUGUUAAUAGAUGGAAUUAUUUGAAUGACAACAUUGGCCAAGAGUUACCGAAAAUUAAAUAUGCAUCUAUGUGGAGUGGACAUAUAAUUGCACGGAAAACUAAUAAGGGCUUCAUCAAAUGACGUCUUGGUUUUCUAGUACAUAAACACAUCUAGGUACGCUAGGGAAACGAAACAUUGACAGAAGCCAUCAGUAUAAGUUUGGUUAGCUGUUCAGAUGUUUAACAAAUUGGUAACUUUUUCAAAACAGAAAACUUAAUUGAAUAAAAGCUGCGACUGUAAGUAUACGAAUAUUUUUUUGUUUGCUUUGAUGGGCGUCAAGGCUUUUGAUAUCUACAACGCGCGGUGGAAAUCGUUGCAUCAAGUACCCCCAAAAAGCGAGAUAAGAGUGGCAAAUUUAAUUUAUUUUUCCUGCGAUAAUAACCUUGGCCAGGUCCUAUGUCGUCUUCCUUUCACACGCUAAGAUUUCCAAGGGAGAUAAACAAAACUGUGAUAGUGAUGUAAGCCAAAACCCAACUGACCGAUUAACAAUGAGGAAAAAUUAAACGGCUCACGAACAAAGAACUUUAAAAAAGUUUUCAGUUUUUCCAAAUGCCCGAUACAUGACUUAACACUGAUGGUGUUUUUCAGUUUAAUGUGUGCUAUUUCUCUAAACAUAAAGCUUACAUCAUUAAAAUAUUUUAACUUAUAACAAGUUUGGUUUGGAAAGAUUGGUAGCAGGAAUAAGUGGUUUUAGCUUCAUAUUCUACCAGUGGUUUUCAUUUCAGUUAUAAUAUAUUACUGGUGUUAGGCAUUUUAGUCUCCACUGCUAAUUGUUGUAUUUUCGGGUUACAAUAUAUAUAUAUAGUAAAACCCACGUGAAAGAACCUACUUUUUUAAAGUCUGGCAAAAUAGGUUCUUGUAUUCUGGGGUAGUUAUUGCCAUUUUAGGCUAAGUAGGUUCUUAAUUAGGCUCUUCAUUUCGAUGAAGGAGUUAUGGUUGAUGAUUACCACAAAAAUAAAUAAACCUGGGUUUGGUCCUUGAAUAUACAAUAUUUAUUCACAACUGUAUCGUGUAAUUUCUUCUAAAAUAAAUUUGCGAUGUCAAUGUCUCACUUCUUGGUUAAAGGGUUUACCAUAAUUUAACUGUAAUUAACAUAUAAGAACCUUCUUUUUCUUGCUUAGCUAGACAUGUUCUAAUACUUUUGAGUAUUGUAAUGCGGCAAAUUUUUGUCAGCAGGUUCUUAAACCACUGGGUUCUAACCUGCGGGUUUUUUACUAUAGCUAAAUGGUCAAAUCAAAUGAAAUUGUCAUUUUUUUUCUAGUGUAAAUAUAUAUUUUUUGUUUUCAUACAUUCCCAACUUAAUUGCGAAUUUAUUACUUUCGCCAUUGGUGGUUCAUAAAAUGUACAUGACAACGAAAAAGCUUGUUAUCGAUUAAAAAUCAGUAUGACUGUGAUUACAAAUGAAAUUUAUAGAAAAACAUAUCCUCUAGCUAAUAUAAUAUUUUUUGGGGGAGCAUGAAGCUCGAUCUGGUCAAAGAAGGAGCCGGCCGGGUCUAUAUAUUACGAAAGGAACUUAAUUAUAAUUGUAGGCUUCCUUUAACGAAGUUACAAGAAUGUGACUGAAUAAAAUUUAACACUAGAGUUAUAAAACAAUAAAUAAUUGAAAUGAAAAAAAAUAACAUUAAUUGCCUGUUAAAUGUCGUUUGAUCUGAAAUGCCGGUUAGCUCAAUGGUGGAGUAUUUUGCUGGUGUAUGAAUGUGUAUCGCUUGCUGGAAAAGAAUUUACACCUUCCUCGAAAGCAGUCGUCUUGUUUCUAGUUCGACUACUGCCCUGUGCUCGGGUCGUGUGCUGACGAAAGCUGCUUUCUCAGGUUUAUAACAAAGAGUUUCUUGGGAAACCUGAUAAUUCGGCUGUAUUCACAUUUAACAUCCGUAAUUUUUUCUUUUUUUGAUUAUUGGUCUAAAAACGCGUUACCAGUCAAAACUGUCAUAGAGAUGCUAGAAGACACGCCCAAGUAAGUGAUAUUAUUUUGGGCUGGGUUGUUCAAAACCCGAUUAAA